AUGCAGAAUAUAAGUGUUGCAAGUGUUGUAGACAAAAAUGACGAAAGAGAAAAAUGUCCAGCAAAACUCAAAAAGUCAGGUGAUUUGACAAUUCUGGAAAGUGAAAUUAAUGAAAGUAAUAUGAUGCCAGAAAUACCAAACUAUGCAUUAAAAGGAAAUUGUGAUCUAUCAUUAAAUAAAAAGAGGGACGUUUCAUCUAUUCCUAAAAAUAAUAAAGAAUAUUGGUUAUAUCCGUCACCUCAACAAUUUUACAAUUCCUUACUAAGAAAGAAUAAGGACAUUGAUAUAAAUUACAUUGACGCUGUUGUCAAUGUUCAUAAUGAAGUUAACGAGGAAUCAUGGAAGCACAUACUAAAAUAUGAGCACAUGCACAAAAAAAAAUGUAGUCAUGUGACCUUGCAACGAUUUCUUGGAAAAUUUGAUGAUUUAACGUUCAAGGCAAAAUUUAGAAGUUUUUUUUCGAGAUUAGGACGCCCCUUCGAUAGACAUGACUGGUACAUCAAUCGGUGCGGCACUGAAGUAAAAUACAUUUUAGACUACUAUAACGACGAAACUAUAAACGAUGAUAAGAAUAUAUAUAUUGAUGUCAGGCCUGCAAUGGACAGCUUUUCAAAUAUAUGGGACCGGGUACGCUACCCGUUUUAUGAAUUUUAUUUUAAGUAUAUAAAAAAAUAUGAAUUGUUCAGGUGA